CGAGCGGCGGGAGCGAGCGGCGGGAGCGCGCGCCGGGCCCGCCUCGGCCGCCGCCGCCGGGGGAUGAUCUGGGCGGCCGCGGGCGGCCCUGGCUAGCGGCCCGUGCCCGUGCUGCGGCCGGCCAGGGCGGCGGAAGGUCGCGGCUUCGCGGGUCGUCCUCCUCCCCGCCUCUGGGAGGGGCGAGAGGGAGCCGCGGCUGAUGUCAGAAAUACACUCCCGGGAAAUGGCCUCUAAAUCUUGGCUGAAUUUUUUAACCUUCCUCUGUGGAUCAGCAAUAGGAUUUUUUUUAUGUUCUCAACUAUUCAGUAUUUUGUUGGGAGAACGGGCUGACACGCAGCCUAAUAUGCUUCACAAUGACCCUCAUGCGAGGCAUUCAGAUGAUAAUGGACAUGGUCACCUUGAAGGACAGAUGAACUUCAAUGCAGAUUCUAGCCAACAUAAAGAUGAGAACACGGACAUUGCUGAGACCCUCUAUCAGAAAGUUAAAAUUCUUUGUUGGGUUAUGACAAGCCCUCAAAAUCUAGAGAAAAAGGCCAAACAUGUCAAAGCUACAUGGGCCCAGCGUUGUAAUAAAGUGUUAUUUAUGAGUUCAGAAGAAAAUGAAGACUUUCCUACUGUGGGAUUGAAAACCAAAGAAGGCAGAGAGCAGCUGUAUUGGAAAACAAUUAAAGCUUUUCAGUAUGUGCAUGACCAUUAUUUAGAAGACGCUGAUUGGUUUAUGAAAGCAGACGAUGACACAUAUGUCAUACUGGACAAUCUGAGAUGGCUUCUAUCAAAGUAUAACCCUGAACAACCCAUUUACUUUGGGAGAAGAUUUAAGCCGUAUGUGAAGCAAGGGUAUAUGAGUGGAGGAGCAGGAUACGUCCUAAGCAAAGAGGCAUUGAGAAGAUUUGUUGAUGCAUUUAAAACAGAAAAAUGUACACAUAGUUCCUCCAUUGAAGACUUAGCACUGGGAAGGUGCAUGGAAAUUAUAAACGUGGAAGCUGGAGACUCCAGAGAUACCACUGGGAAAGAAACCUUCCACCCAUUUGUACCAGAACACCACUUAAUCAAAGGUUAUCUCCCAAAAACAUUUUGGUACUGGAAUUACAACUAUUAUCCUCCCAUAGAGGGUCCUGGUUGCUGUUCUGAUAUUGCAAUUUCUUUUCACUAUGUUGAUUCUACAACUAUGUAUGAAUUAGAAUACCUCGUUUAUCAUCUUCGUCCAUAUGGUUAUUUAUAUAGAUAUCAACCUGCCUUACGUGAGAAUAUACUAAAAGAAAUUAGUCGAGCAAACAAAAACGAAGAUACGAAAGUAAAAUUAGGGAACCCUUGAAAGCAGAACAUGAGAGAACUGAGGUUAAAUGGUGUACAUUGCACUGAAGAGCUCCUGCGUUCUGACAGAACCCUGAAAUCCCAGUGGGGAACUCAUCUGAAGGGAACAUUCCAUAUAGAAAUCUUUCAAAUGGAUGACUAUAAACUGAAGCAUUUAAAGAGCUGUGAAGUCUGCAAAAUGUUUUGAUACAGUAAUAUAUAAAUAUAAAUAAAUAUAUAUAAAGAAUUUGUGUUUUUAAAAUGGUGACAGACAGAAGAGCUUAGAAAGAUUCUGUCCCCUGUUGCUGACAGUGUGUAUUAUCACUAAAGCUGGAGUGGUUCAGUCUGUAACCAGCUACUGCACCCAACCCUGACAGAACACAUGCUGAAUGGAUCUGCCUUAAAACCAGAAAGACUCUUGCUCAGUGGUGUUCCUCAGCUCAUGUGGAUAUGGUACAAACCAGCCUUCCGGUUCCCAAACGAAAAGUUUUCUGUAAUUAUAUUAUUUAUAAUUGGCAGUGUUUCCUCAAGAAGAAGCAGAGUAAGGAUGGCACUUGCCCUGAAGUGCACUAAUAAACCACAUUUUCUGAUUAUUAUGGGCCUUGACUAUAUUAGUUAGUUCUACAUAUAAGCAGUCUUAGACCAAGUUCCCAUUGUCUCUUGAAUAUCAUUUUCACUAUUAAUGCUUAUUUACUCAAUGCAUUGGCAGCAUUCUAUAAACCAUGCAUUUUAAAAUAUUUUGUUCCCAAAUUCACUCUUUGUUAACUGUAGGUAACAAUUAAAGUUAAUGCUGUUUGGACAAGCUUUUUUAGUAUUGGUACCACUCUCAGGAAUUAUUAGUGACAUUGUAAAUUAUUUAGAAGUCUUUCCAACUACAUAAUUAUUGCUCCUUUUAUUUUCAUCCUGUGGAGAUAAGACUUGUUUGUGCCUUUCAUAACUUCUUUAAAGCACUUUUAAAAUUAAUUUUUAUACCUGAUAUAUAUGUCUGGUAACACUGGCAAAAUUGUUUGAAUGCAGGUUUGGUCAGAAUUAGAAACAAUAGCAAGUAAGGGAUUCUUAAACAAGCUAAAAUGUCAUAUACGUUAUAAACAACAACCGAUUUCAUGCUUGCUUCUUAUUUGUGGAUAAUUGUCUUUCCAGCAGUAACUCCAACACAGCAGAAUCCCAUUCAGACUGCCAUCAAAAGAGGUCUGUGUAUCACUCUAAUUCCACAGUGGUUGCUUACAAACUUUUUUUUUUGUCAUCAGCAAUACUAAGUAGAGCAGAAUAUUUUACAGGUUUUCCGUAAUAUUUUUUAAUUGUGAAUGAUUUACAUUUUGUAUCAUGCUACUUUCGCAUGAUAAUACAUGUGGACUCGGUUGCUUGGCUAAAUAAUGAAUAUAAAUAAUUUUUACUUAUUGUGCCAAAACUAUAGCCUCUAUGAAUGGUAUAUUUGAAAGGGUAUUCGUUUAAUUGGCUAGUUAUGGAUCACUGUCCACAUGAAGAAACUACAAACCAACUUUAGAAAUUAAUUUGGUUUAGGUUCUCAUGGUGGUGCCAUCUACCCAUAGCCUAGGCUUCCCAGACUGUUCUUUGAACGGCCCCUUACCAUGGUUUGGAUAGCACUUUGUCUGUGCUCCAGACACUAGCAGAGUAAACGUUUCAUCAUAAUGAUCCAAACGCUUAACAUUUGUUCACAGGAAAUGAGUGCUACAGUGAAUCCUGGCUGCAGAGUCAGGCAGCCUGGUUUUUAAGUUCUUCUUCCAUCGCUGUUUAUGGAACCUUGAACAAUUUACUUAAUUUCUUUGUACCUCAAUUUCCUCAUCUAUGAAUUAGGGAUAAUGAUACUACCUACCUCACAGGAUUUUAAUGAGGAUUAUAUAAAUGAAUAUACAUAAGGUUAUUAGAACUGUCUGGCUCAGAUUGGGACAUCACUUUUAAGUAUGAGGUUUCAUUCUGUUACCUUGGAGUAUAAAUACUUUGAUUUAGAUAAAUGAAAUGGUCAAAUCAGAUCUGAAGGAAAUAUUUUGCACAUUUCUUAUAAUAUCUAGUAUUCAUCUAGUGCCUGCUGUAUGCCAGAUACUGUUCUUAUUCUGUACAUUUGUGUUAAUCCUCAUAAACUGGGUGUUAUUUCCAUAAUAUAGAUGAGGAAACAGGCUCAAAGAAUUCAAAUAAUAUUUUCACUGUCACAAAGCUAGUAAGAAAGAAGGCUGGGAUCUAUAAUAAAAACAUAUCAGCCAUAUAUAUAUAUAUAUACACACACACAUACAUAUAUAUACACAUACAUAUAUAUGUGUAUGUAUAUAUAUAUACACUCACACACACACAUACAUACAUAUAUAUAUAUGGCUAACAGUUUGGUUUAAAGAAGCCCUGAAGGUUAACCUUGCUAAUCCUAUGUUGAGAACCGUUGCCUGUUUACCUACACGAUUUUGGUGCAAAUAGUCUUUGGAACACACUCAGGAUUUCCACCCAGGAGAGAGACAUUUUUCAAAGACUCUGAAACAUGUUUUAAAUCAGUGUAGUCCAGUAUCAUACUAUAUUAAAAGUAAAAUGCUACAAAGUUUAAAGGGUCAGUGCAUCAUUGGUUUUGGCAAAAUUCUGUACUUCUCCUUAGUGACUAUUAUCAGGACCCUCAAAUUCUCCAAGUUUAGUCAUUUCACACUGAGCAGAAAGGGUUCAGUACGUACUAGUAUGUACAUAUGAAUUCAUUAAAACAUAUGUAAAUGAAUAUCAUGAAAAUGUCUGCUAGUUGCUAAAAUUUCCAAUAGAAAUAGAAAACUGCUACUUUAUAUAUGCCAAGUAUUUUCUGCUACUUUAUACUUAUACUGUCAGCUUGAGUUUCGUCACUUUCAAAAACCACUUGCCUAUCUUAAGAUCUAAUGAAGCAAAAAUUUCUCCCCAAGUAUUUGGUAGAGCACAUUAAACAGGAUUUUGUGGUGAUAAUGAUUUAUUCACCAUCUUUUAGAUAAAGAUCUCUGUCUUAUGAAAAAUUGUAGUGUGGUUUCAAUACAUAAGACUUUUAAUAAAGUCUUGUAUUCUCUAUUAAUAAUAUACUUGUAUUUUCUAGUGGGAAGUUUAUUAGACAAAGCAGGUUUUUGUCCCAGAGUUUGACUGCUCGAACAUGCCUAAAUUUCAGAGAUCAGCUUGUUACUAUAAAAGGACUAGCCACUUCAUAGUAUGUUUUGAAUAUGGUAAUUGGGUUUGAGCAUUAAGUUUGCUAACUGGUUAUUUUCAUAGCUAUUUCUUGAGUAUUAUUUUUUUUUUUUUACACUCUUAGCCUGUUAAACUAUAUUGCCGGAUUGAGGCCCUGUUAUACUUGAAAGAAAUUCUCACUUGGUUUGUCAAAUCCUACCUAGCUUUGUUCUUGCACUUUCAGUUCAUGAGGUCAUUCAUUCUGUCUUUGAUGGUUCCUUUAUAAAAGCUUAACUCCCUUGCUACUUGUAGUGCUGUCUCCUUGCAGUUCAUUUGGGUCAUCAGAAUGUUUAUCAUUUGUGAUGGUUUCCCAUGAGACUAACAGUCCAACAAUAUCUGCUGGGUCUCAGGCUACUUGCCCUAAUUGAACUUGCACAGCCUAAAACAAGUCUACAUCUGUGAUUAAGGAAGUGAAGUUGUUUCCCCUCCUAUUAAAAGCAAAAGGCAAACACAUUAACUUCAUCUCUCUUGUUUUGUAUUAGGCCUGAUAGAAACAUCAUGGGGGACAAGCUGGAUAUGUUUUACACUAAUGUAACCUUUGUUGAUUAAAGCUGUAUUGAAAUCUUAACACCGAUUGAAAUGAGAACUUUGUACAGAUUCUUUUAGAGAAAAGCAUCAUCAGAGUUGAAUGUACUUUGUUCCAGCUCCCUUCCCUCUCUUGAGUUUUCAGUAACAUUAGUUAAGUUUGAGUAACUUUGCAGGGCGCUAUAAACUAAUGAUCUACAUGAAGUGUAUUAUUAGAUGGAAACUAAUCUUACUGCUAAGCAGUGUAUUGUAUUAUACAGUGAAUGUUUGUGUUUUGAAAUUUAAAAAUUAUUUAAAGUAAUAGUGUCAAUGAAGGGUUUAAAAAUGUCUGGUGACUUGCUUAUUUUAAGUGAUCACCAUUAAGUCAGAAAAAUGUAUUUUUAAACAUUUUUUAAAGUGCCUUUUGAGAAUUUUUAAAUAAUGGAUUCAAACAACUGCGUAAAAUAAAUUACCAUGUUCAAAAUUG